AUGUUCAGUGGCUCCUCGAGCCCACCCAAAGAUAAGGUUGAUUCACUUCCGGAGACCGGUAUCGACAACUCCUUGACCCUCCAAACCGACACCAGCGCGCUCAGCUCCAGCCCGCGCGACAGGAGAUUCUCUCCCCCUGGUGCUGGGUUCUUCACUCGCCGACAAAGCGACGAUCAGGGUCCCGCAGCCGAGAAGAAGCGCAGAAGUAGUACCGUUACUAAAGCGGCCAGCUUCUUCAGCAACGCGAAAAACUCCCUUAGUUUGAACGGCCGGGAUAAUUCGCUUAGUACCAGUCCCUCUAUCGCCGAAAGCCCGCUACAGAAGCUCGGCAAGAUGGACCCAGCACUCAGUGUCCCUCAAGGGUCAUUCAAUAACUCUGCCGGAGAAUCCGUACCAACCGCUCGGUCAUCCUUCCGCGUUGGUGUCACAGAAGACCGGAAUCGAAAAUGUCGCCGGACUAUGGAAGACACACAUGCCUAUCUCUACAAUUUCCUGGGCACCCCCGCUCCGACUGCUCCGGACAUAAAUGGGAACGAGGGCCCCGGGGCGAAUGAGUCGCAGGCGUCGGAGGAUACACCGCGUGCCCUCGAAACAGACAAUGGAUACUUUGCAAUCUUCGAUGGACAUGCUGGAACUUUUGCUGCAGAGUGGUGUGGCAAGAAAUUGCAUUUGAUUCUCGAAGAAGUCAUGCGCAGAAGCCCCAAUACGCCUGUUCCGGAAUUGCUCGAUCAAACUUUCACCAGCGUGGACCAGCAACUCGAGAAACUACCCGUCAAGAACUCUGGGUGUACAGCCGUCACUGCAGUGCUUCGCUGGGAAGAUCGUGUCCCAAGCUCACAAUCAGCUACCGGAUCCGCUGCCCUCGCUCCGGCCGCUGCAGCUGCAUCAAAGGGUGACACGAGGUCAGAGAAUGCGGAGACCCCUACUCAAGAUACACCGGCUACUGUUCUACCAAAGUUGCAGGAUAAGGCUGUUCGACAGCGAGUUUUGUACACAGCCAACGUUGGCGAUGCCCGCAUUGUAUUAUGUCGCAACGGGAAAGCACUCAGGUUGUCAUACGAUCACAAGGGUAGUGACGAGAACGAAGGCAAGAGGAUUGCCAACGCUGGCGGGCUAAUCCUGAACAACCGCGUCAACGGAGUUUUGGCUGUUACCCGCGCCUUGGGUGAUGCAUACCUGAAGGACCUUGUUACUGGGCAUCCCUACACAACAGAAACAGUUAUCCAGCAUGAUGCCGAUGAGUUUAUUAUUUUGGCUUGCGAUGGUUUGUGGGAUGUCUGCAGUGACCAAGAAGCCGUGGAUCUAAUCCGGAACGUCCAAGACGCCCAACACGCCUCCAAGAUCCUUGUUGACCAUGCACUCGCACGGUUCAGCACAGACAAUUUAUCUUGCAUGGUAAUCCGACUAGAUUCCAACCGUGUCAAGGAUGUCGUCAACAACAACGCAGACCAGAUCGGAGUAGACGGGGAUACGACAGUAUCGCAAUGCGUUAGCGAAGCCGACGCGAUCGUCGAGGGUGCAAGGAAGAACAUCGCCACCUCGGGCGUGGCAGACGACCCAGCAUCAGCAGAGAAGGCCGCUGAAGAGACUCUCCAGAAGAUGGCGAACCGCAACGCCGAAGAAGAGCCCGGGCCUGAGUUGCAGGUUAACGAGAAUAAAGACCUUCCCUCUGUGGACAUUCUGAGUCCCAACAAGGGCUCAUCUGGCCAGACUCAGUGA